GGAAAACGGCCCUAAAACCUCAAAAACGAUUAUCUUUUUUGUUUUUUUUUUUGGGUUUCUGGCCAAAUCAAGAAAUUCAAAUGGAACUUCAUUUUGAGUGCACGGAUUUGAGUAUUUGGAAAGAAGCUAUCUGCUCUUACAAAUCUCGAAUCGAAUCUCUAAACAAACCAAACCUAAUUUCUCUCGACGAAUUUUACCGCGACGGACUUCCCUCCCUUCUCCACCAGCGAAUCCCUAACCCUUUCAUCACCACCUCCGAACUCUCCCGCCUCAUGCAAUGGAAGCUCACUCGCGGCAAAUGGAGGCCGCGUUUGUUAGAUUUCGUUUCUUCUUUGGACGACUCUUCAGUAAAAUCCGCUUCUCAAAAGGCUUUCCAGUCGCUUCCCGACAUCUUCAAAGCCGUCUCCGAGCUUACGGUUUUGAAAGGAGUCGGCCCUGCGACUGCCUCCGCUGUUCUUGCUGCUUACGCUCCUGAAACGGCGCCGUUUAUGUCCGACGAGGCUAUGGAGGCUGCGCUUGGGAACUCGAAAGAUUAUUCGUUAAAGCAAUACUUGUUGUUUGUGAAUAAAAUGCAGAGCAAAUCUAAGGAAUUAAGUUCAAAAGGUGACUCCUUCACCCCAUCAGAUGUAGAAAGGGCUCUGUGGAGUUCAGCUGUAGGGGUAAAGUUGCAAUCUUCACAAGCUGUUCUUGACAACAAGAUCAAGGGUAGCAACAAAAGAAAGAGAAAACAUUGAUUUACGGAUGCAGUGCAUGAUGGAAACUUUUGUCAUACUGACUAUCAAGUCACUUUUGCGAAUUUAAUUACUAUUACCCUUAGCCAUAGUUUCAAGUUAGCAGAAACAUUCUACUGCUGAUGUUUUGGCCAUAUAUCUGGCAUACAUGCAUUGAAUGGAGCCAAAAUUUAUGGGCUAUGGCUAUGUCUGCAUAGAGAACUUACAUUGAAUUUGGAUGAGUCCAUGAUUGACCCCUUAAUCUUUGGUAAGGUAUUCAAAGUCACAUGUUAUCGUGCCGCUGUGAAAUGUCAAAGAUAAAACUAUACGAUGAAACCCUUGAUACAUCUUUAACUUAUUGGGUGGCUCACUUGGGGGUAAAAUGGUGAAGUGCAGAUGCUUAGAUUCAAACCGCAGCGUUGUGGAAAGCCACACGUUGUUAAGAAGUGUAUACUUAGCCCUCCUACUCCCAUCUUGUUCAAGCAAAAGAUUGUCCAUCAUAGAGAUUAUAGUGUAAAAUGAGCAUUCCGCAUUUUUUUUUUUUAAAUCAGCUAUAGCCCAUACGGUAAACAAAUGUGUGAAAUGAAAUGUUCUUUGGUCCUUGAUCAUUUAAGAUUGAGCCUGGAGAUGAGCCCGGACUCCAAAAUGGGCAUGUGUCAAAACAACUAAUUCAAGAUCAAACAGCCCAUGAUCGCCUUAAUGAGAGUGGCUGCUUUUUAACCCACAAAGCGGACCAAGGUUUACUGAAAUGCAACGGUCUGUUUACGACUCUACUCUUUGGUGGGUAGCGUAGCCGUUGCAAUUUGAAAGUUAAAACACCUCUACUAGUAUAGAUGUUUAAUG